AUGGUAUUUCAAAGAGAGAUCGAAGGUAACAAAAAAAAUGUUUUUAGGUCACAAUCAGAUAAUAAACGGGUGGCAUCCUGGGACUCUGAGUCUGAGCCCUCGGACUUCGAAGAACAGCCUCCAACACAACCCGCAAAGAAGGCAAAAAAAUCAGCCAAGGCGGGAACACCUUCGGCCACCGCUAAAUCAAAGAAAAAGACGUCCACAAGUGGCACAACCAAGUCUGCGAAAUCGCUUUCGAGCGAAUUAUUCGGCGACGACUCCGACGGACCGUGCCCCGAGCCAGUCCCGAAAGCGUCGCCGCUGUGGUCGUCCCUGGCCCGCAGAGUCGCUGACGGCGUGACGCGCCAGGUCGAGCUGGUCGAAGAGGGGGAGAUCUUCUUCGAUGUCAAGGUGUUUAACACCUGCGACAUCAUCGAUCUGGAUCCUCGUCAGCGGGCUGAAAAGUGGACUGCACAGUUGCGCUUGAGGGUGAAGCCCAACGAUCCGCUCUGGGUGCAAUUAAAAAAAAUUGCAAGGGACGCAAAGCGGCGGUUCCACAAGGACCCAAUAUUUUAUAAGAACAAAUAUUCCGAAGCAUUUAUUGAAUUGUUGGAUCUUGUGAAACCACAUGUAACUAAAUCCGAUACAGUUAUGCGACAAGCUGUGAGUGCUGAAGAGAGAUUGGUGGCUACUUUAAAAUUUCUAGCGUCUGGUAUAGAAUUCAGAGAACUUAAAUUCAGCACUAGUAUAUCAUCACAAUUACUAUCAGAGAUAAUACCAGAGACCUGUGAAGCAAUCUAUACAGUGCUCAAAAACUAUGUGAAGGUUCCUGAAACAGAAGAUGCUUGGCUACAAAUAGCAACAGAUUUUGAAAGGAAGUGGCAGUUCAGUCAUUGCUUGGGUGCCAUUGAUGGCAAGCACAUCAUCAUCGAAAAGCCACCACAGUCUGGUUCAUUAUAUUACAACUACAAAGGAACAUUCAGUGUAGUUUUACUUGGUAUCGUAAAUGCCAAUUACGAAUUUAUUUACGUGAAUGCAGGCGCAAAUGGCAGUGUUUCUGAUGGCGGAGUAUUUAAACAUACAGUUUUUUAUGAAAAAUUAGUGAAUAAUCAAUUACAUUUACCAACACCUUCUGCCUUGCCUACAUCGGAUCUUAUUGCGCCAUAUUGUUUUGUUGCAGAUAACGCAUUCGCUAUUAAUGAAAACCUUUUAAAACCCUACCCACAGAGAAAUUUGACACAUGACAAAAGAAUUUAUAACUAUAGAUUAUGCAGGGCUAGAAGAAUUGUCGAAAAUGCAUUCGGUAUUUUAGCCGAACGUUUUAGAGUAUUUAAAAAACCUAUACAAAUUAAUGUCAAAAAUGUACCAAAAGUGGUAAUGGCUUCAUGCGCAUUACACAAUUAUUUGAGGAAAAAGUCUUGCAACUACAUGACAAGGAACUGUGUCGAUUUGGAGGACACUGAAAAAUACACCUACCGGCCGGGAGAUUGGCGACAAAAUGACAACACUGUGAGUGUUAAUAGAACAGAAAGGCAACGCACUGCAGAUGGUAAUUCUGUUAGGCAAAUAUUUACAGAAUAUUUUAACAAUCAAGGGCGUGUUAAUUUUCAAGAUAGAAUGAUUAAUGUUCUGAAUAUUUAAUGCUUACCUCAAUAGAUUGAUUCUUAGUAUUUGUUUCAAAGUUGUCAACCAUUUCGGCUGUCGGGUUUGACUUUUCGUGCAGAAAACCCAAAUGUUGGUAAUACCACAAUGUCGGGACAUGCAAGUCUUCCACUCCAGCGCCACUAGUUUUGCUAGAUUCCACCUAAAAACAAAUAACAUGCCGAACAAAUAAUAUCUACUUCGUUAUAAGUACCUACACAAUAAAUAGUAAAAAUGUCA